AUGUGGCGGCGGUUCGACACGGUGCCGGGCGAUGACCACAACGGUAUCGAAGCGUGGGCCGCCCCGCUUGACGUGGUGGCCGACGGCGAUGACUUCGUCGUCAGUGCCUCUCUCCCCGGCGUGGCACCGGACAACAUCCAGGUAGCCAUUGAGGACAACGUCCUGACCAUCCGGGGCGAGACGGCGUCCCACUUCGAGAACUCCAACGGCAACUACCUGAUGCGCGAGCGCCGCAGCGGUUCCUUCCAUCGCUCCCUGCGCCUGCCCGACACGGUGGACCAAGGCAAAGCAGAGCCCCGCUACGAGCACGGCGUCCUGACCAUCACCCUGCCCAAGGCCGAGGCCAAGAAGGCCAAGCGGUUCGAGGUCAAAAGUGGUGGAGGGCCCCGUCGCCAUCCAGGCCAGCUAGGCUGGCAGGCGGGCCCGGGCGAACUAAGGGACCAAUGUCCCGGAGCUACCUGCCCGUAG